AUGCAGAUCGCGAUUUCAGCCAUACUACCGCGGAUCGAGUCCCGAUUUGAAGAUGCGAUACGCAAGCCACGAUUUAUCAACAGAAUCAACUACAAGGCCAGAUCAAUUCCUCCUGUAGAACCCACUUACAUACCUGACGAUGAUCCUGCAUCUUGGCCAGAAUUACCAUCCCGUACCACAAUUCCAUCACAGAGAUCACAGACAGCAUCCGAUACUAGUCCUACUACGCCGCCACCGACCACUAAGCCUUCCUACCUUUCUGUACUGAUUUCCGUGCAACCGACAGCAAUUCCUCCUGUAGAACCCGAUACUACUACGCCAGUACCCGAUACCACUACGCCAGUACCCGAUACCACUACGCCAGUACCAGAUACUACCACGCCAGCACCCGAUACCACUACGCCAGUACCAGAUACUACCACGCCAGCACCCGAUACCACUACGCCAGUACCCGAUACCACUACGCCAGUACCAGAUACUACCACGCCAGCACCCGAUACCACUACGCCAGUACCCGAUACCACUACGCCAGUACCAGAUACUACCACGCCAGCACCCGAUACUACUACGCCAGUACCAGAUACUACCACGCCAGCACCCGAUACUACUACGCCAGUACCAGAUACUACCACGCCAGCACCCGAUACUACUACGCAAGCACCGCCGCCUACUAAACUGAGCAGACGUCAGAGAAAAAAUAGAAGAAGGAAAUCUAAGACCACUACCACACAGUCAGCAUCCGAUACCACUACGCCAGCAUCCGAUGCUACCACGCCAGUACCAGAUACUACCACGCCAGCAUCCGAUGCUACUCCUACCACACCAGAACUCGAUACGACACAGACAGCAUCCGAUACUAGACUACAGGAUUCCUUUGCAGGUAUACAGAUAGGUGGUGGAGGGGAGGGGGGAACGUUAUCUUACCGUAGUGUUGUUUAUUCUUCUGGCUUAAAGACAUUUUUGGAAAGCGACGUAAUAUUUUCUAUUCUUUCUAACCCUGAUAAGGAUAAAGAUAAAUUGUCAGAUGUUACAACAUUAAAACCCAAGGGAGGGGAGACGUUUUUGAUAACCGACAACGGAGAUGUCUGUAGAACUGAUGACUGGUCAUGUGAUGGGUAUUUUUGGGUUAAUAAGGGUGGUCAUGGAAUUCCUAAAGCAAAUCCAAAAAUGUGGAAACGUACUUAUUACAUAAGUGAAGGGAAGGGCGAUACUAAAGGUUCCAAAAACUUUCAGCGUAGAAUGUAUAUGAUGAAGAAGGGGACUGUUACUUACAGGUUUAUUCAGUACAUAGGUGAUGAGACUAUUUUUGUCCCUAGGGUCCACGGGAAUGGCACAGAUGGGAACGAUUAUAGGAGGACUUUUCCAUCUGUUUUAAAGCAGGUUAAAUCAGUUAGUUCUAGUGAUAGCAAUCCGUCAUCGGUGUUUAAGAGGAAUCAAACAGAGCAACAAGUUAAGGGUAGCUUACAGGGUAGGGCUAAUCUUAGGUCCCCUUCUCAAGUUAGGUAUCAGUUAAGGCUAGCAAGGAAUGAGAAACGUCUUAGCCAUGAUGAGUUGUACAGUACUUUAGAACUUAUGUAUCACUUAGAUGGUUAUAUUCAUGAUUUUGCUAUAGGUCCAGAUCUUAGCGGAUUAGCCAUGUCCUUAAUCCGUCCCUAUAAAGGGUCACGUGUGAUACGGGGCCCAGACUGGGCCUACGGGAAUCAGGAUGGCGGGAUUGGACACAUUGGCACUGUGGUGGAGAGCGACCCAGAGUCACAGAUGUGCAGUGUUCUGUGGGACUACGGAAUGUUGAUGGAAAAUUGUCGGGCUGGUGACAAUGGGAUUGAUCUACGUGUCAUAGACACUGAAACAUCAGAUUUUGAGUACAACUUACACACUGCUUAUUGUGAUACCUGUGUGAAGGUGGGACCUGCAGAGAUCAGAAAAAGCAUCAGUGGAUUCCGCUGGAAGUGUGUCGAAUGUAAAGAUUUUGACCUCUGUAAUUUAUGUUACAUGCUGGGAAAACAUGAUGUAAACCACCGCUUCAUGAGAUACGACAACAAACUUGCCACUGUAUUUCCAGUACCUCCUAGGAAAAGGUGCAAAAAGCUGAAAGUCUACAGCUUAAUGCCUGAUGCUCAAGUGAAAAGGUCUCGAAGAAAAGGAAUUGAUUCAGAUAUAGGAGUCAUAAAGAAAAUUACCAAGAAUGAUUCAACUAAAAACCAGGAAACUUUGGUCGAGUGGAAGUCAGGGGAGACAACUACACAUUUGUCUGGGCCUAAAUGUAAAUUUGACCUUGUGGCAGCCCAUCAUACUGUCUCCAUCUACCUUGAUCACCUCCCUCUGGCAGAUUUUAACAAGAUUCCAGAUUCAUGGAUCAAUGUAGGGGAUACCAUACAGAUCGACUUGAAUAUAGAUACAUUUAAAAGUUUACAGAAAGAAUAUGGAGGAUGGAAUGAAAGCAUGGAAAAGAUCAUGGGAGAGUUGGGCACUGUAAAAAGUGUGGAAACACAGAAGUUUCAUGUAUACUACACUGUGUCGGAACGUACAUGGUUUGUGUGCAGCAAUGCCUGUGCCAAGGUAUCUAUAGCUGAGGCAGGUGACAAGGUGAAAGUACUAGAAAACCAGGCUGUGGUAAAAGAGCGUCAGAACAGGCAUGGUGGCUGGCGAGAAAAUAUGAAGGAUAUUCUUGGUAAGACUGGUGAGGUGGAGAGAGUAGACAGCUCCGGGGAUCUAACUGUAGCCUUCACCUCUGGAAUUCACCUCCUGAACCCCUCCUGUUGUGUCAAGGUCAUGAACCCUAGCCAGCUCCCUCCCAAAACCACAGACACAGAACUAAGAAUGACAGCAGAAGUUGAAGAAAGACCAUCAGACAAGCCAAAAAUGAAAACAGAGACACAGACAGGGGAAAUGGAAGAAAAACGAGAAAAAAAUAUAUCUGAUGAUGCGAAGAAAGAGAGUGCCCUAAGAACAGUUACAGAAAAGACUAGUAUCCCUGUGGAUGAGCAACAAGACAUAGACAGUAAAGACAGAGAAAGUCUACAGGAGGAGGAAGAUGAUGAUGAGGAUGAUGAUGGUAUAGACUUCCUACAAUGGCUCACCCAAACAGAUUAUGAAGAUAUGAUGGAGCCUGGUAUACGCGUUGUUAGGGGGAAAGACUGGAAGUGGGGAGAACAGGAUGGAGGGGAGGGAAAUGUUGGCACGGUGAUUGAUGUCAGUAGCCUGGAUGAAGGAGGCUGUCCACUUCAAUGUGCUAUAAUACAGUGGGACUCUGGAUACCGGAACACCUACAGGGCUGGGUUUGAAGAUUCCUUUGACCUUAGAAUUUACGACACUGCUACAAUAGGGAUCAGGCAUCCAUCGCUCGUGUGCAGCGUUUGUGAGGAAUCUGAAAUGAUGGGAUUUAUAUGGCGGUGUGAGACCAAUCCUGACAUCAUCCUGUGUAACACAUGUUACCAUGGUGACAAACAUGAUGUGAAGCUACACUUUGUGAGAAUUAACAAGCCAGGAGAUACAGGAGUGCGUGUCAACAAGCGUGAGAUGUCCAGGAAAGUUACGGCUAAAGGAGUGUUUGAGGGGGCAAGGGUGUGUCGAGGCCCUGACUGGAUGUGGGAGGAUCAAGAUGGAAAUGGGAUGGGCAAGGUGAUUUCUAUAGUCAACUUCAGCCUGGAUACUGACCGAGAUGCUGUUGAAGUUACUUGGGAUAUAGGUCAGACUAACGUGUAUCGUCAUGGUUAUGACGGAAGGCUGGACUUAAAAUGUACCAAAACUACCCAUGGUGGUACAUACUACAGAGACCAGCUCCCUGACUUCAAGAUCAACCUGGCUACUUUGCCCCCCCAUACAGCAAGUGUUGGUGAGGCAAGCUCAGACCGGCUGAAUGCCGGCGAUUCUGUUAGGAUCGGUGUGGAUCCUGAGGUCCUAAAAGCCAUACAUGACUCGACUCAGGGAAUGUGGAAUGAUUCCAUGAUAGAUUGUAUUGGUAAGAUCGGUGAAGUAGUAGUCCAGUCAGGAGAGGAUGUGACCGUCAAGUUUGACAUUGGCAGCUGGACAUUCAAGGAGAUGGCCCUGGACAAGGUGAAGCAGCUGAAGAAAGGAGAGACUGUGAGAGUGAGGGAUAAUGAACAGGAGGUCAAGGAGCUUCAGAACGGCCAUGGCAACUGGAAUAGUCAGAUACAGAAGACACUUGGAAAAAAGGGAAAAGUCUUUUCCAUAGAUCGUGAUGGAGAUGUCACUGUGGCAUUUGGCCCCUUGAAGUUUCAGUUCAAUCCAGCCGUCCUGGACUCAGCAGAUGGAGAUCCAGAUGUACUAGCUUUGUCUGAUGAUAAACCUCCAAAGUCAAACCCUGCCACUAGUGUGAAGCCCCCAUCACCAUCUCCAGCAACCACAGAAAGGCCCUGUCACAAAACAAAGACCAAAGAGCAACUUCUAGCUGAGUUGGAGGAAGUUGUUAGGGACGGGUAUGCUGACCGUGUCAGGAACAUCCUGGAGGAAAAUAAUAAUCUGAGGGAUAUGGGAACGCCUCCGUUGAUUAUCACAGCAUGUGAGCUGGGCCACACUGAGGUUGUCAAGGAACUGAUCAAUUUUCAGUGUAAAUUAGACGUCAGAAAUGACAAGGAUACAUCUAAGAGUGAUCCACUUCUGACUGCAGUCCGGAAGAAGCACCGAGAUGUGGCAGAUGUCCUGUUGAACGCUGGAGUAAAGAAAACUGUGACCAACAGUCACGGUCAGACAGCUAUACAUAUUGCAGUCCAGGAGCGUGACAUGCAAAUGUUGACCCUUCUCCAGAAACACAAGUUAGACAUUAAUAAGAAGGACAACCUUGGUGACAGUGCCAUCACAGAUGCAAUAUCUACAGGUGACAAGCGCUUUAUUGACAUGAUAGUUGAUUGGCAGGGUAUACAACUCAACUACUUCAACAGAAUGAGCUUUUCUCCACUUCACUUUGCUGCUCGCAAGGGAGAUAACUAUGCAAUACGGAAAAUUCUUCAAAAGGACCCUAGCCUUGUAAACAUUCCAAAGAAUGAUGGCUUUACAGCGCUCCACUUGGCUGCCUGCCAAGACCAUGUUGGCAUAGUGAAGUAUCUAGUGGGCUUGCCCUCUGUGGACCGUGAGGCAAAAACCAGUAAGGGUCUGACUCCACUUCAUGUGGCUGCUGUCCAUGAAAGUGUAAAAUCAAUCAACCUGUUCCUUGGGCUUGACGAUGGCAUUGAACCUGUUUCCACCAAUCAGCCUCUUGUAGACGUGGACAGCAUGGACGAUAUGGGAAAUAACGCACUACACUUGUGUCUCAGGGGAGACAACUCUGAGAGCCAACAGUCAAUGCCUUCUGAAGAGAGUGUACAAAGGCAGAAAGAGAUUGCUCUCAAACUGAUCCAUCGUGGUGUGAAGUACAAUGCACGUAACUUGGAUGAGAAGACUCCCCUCGAGGAGUGUACAAAUGAACAUGUGAAGGAAAAGAUCCGCACAGCCCUGCAGGAAAAAGAUGUGAGACACAAAAAGCAGCCUGCAGCACCACCCUCCAAUCUGUGUAUGUCAUGUAAUGAGGACCAGGCCAGUUAUCAGUUGAUGCCAUGUCAGUGUAAAAUCUGUACUGACUGUGGAGGUCGUAAGGCCAAGAAAUGUCCUAACUGUUCCAGUGAAGUCCAGAACCGUACUCAGCUGUAGAUAUUUCCCUUACCGGGGACAUGUUGACUUACAUCUAUUCAGACUUGGACUUAUUUUUGUUAAGAACAAUUGUGAAAUAGGUAUAUUCAAAAUGACGAAAUUCAGUUGUUAUUUUUAAUCUUUUGUAAAAAUAAGUGCUGUAUACUUUGUUAUUUUCAAUGAAGUAUCAUUUGUGUUCGGUUAGUUCUACCACAGGUUCAUCAAUGUAGUAAAAAACCUCUCUUUCUGAGCAUUGGUACAUGCUUGGCGCUUAAUAGGGAAAAAAUGGCUUAAAAUAUGUGUCUAAAAACAUUUAUCACCAAAAUAUGGUUAUAGUACCUGACCAGCUAAUAGUUUAAUCCUCUUGGAACUCCCCGAAUGUGACUUGAUCCUGAUUCAUGACCUCGGAUGAGAUGAGAAAGCUUCCUUUUUGUAACAAGAGAACUAUUUUUCAAAACAACAUAACACUUUCUUUAGUCAGUGGUAAUACUGACAGAGUGUUGUAAUCCUGUCAUAUUUAAAGCUUAAUGUUAGAAAUGUUUUUGUUUUAAAAUAGAUUAUUACUUUUCACAAAUUAUGUAAUGUAACACCAACUGUGUUUAACCUCCAUGCUAUUUUGGAGUACAUCGUUUUCUGGUGUACAUAUUCCUACACCUGUCAUGUGUGAGGCUAUGUGUGAAAUAAAGUGAUAUGGUGACACAUGAUGGCAUGACAACAUUAAAAAUAUGUCAUGCCAAAUACAGGUGUCAGCUUCUUUAAACAACAGUUUUAAUUAUUUUGUGUGUAUAUAAUUAUUCUUUAUUAUGUUCACAUGAUAUCAAAUAAUAAUUGUGAUCCAGACCUACCUGUUGUGUAAUAAUAGACACAUUGUUAAUUAUUCCGUAUAAAUUUUGUUAUCAAAUUCAGUUAUAGGAAACAAAUAAUAAAGUUAAUUUUGAUGAUGAUAUUUAGUUGACAGCAAAGGUAUUCGUUGGAGAUCCUGACUUAUAAACAUAUUAAGUCUCCUGUGUAAUAACUUGGUCACCUGCAAAUUCUCUUCUGUAAAAUCAUAAUUAUUUAUAGAAGUUUCGUUUUCAUUAUUUUGUGGGACUCAACAAUCUGAUACGUCCAUGCAUUUGGAAACUACAUGUAUUGCAAUUUGAUAUGUAUCUUGAUAUAAGUGGAUGUUGUGCCAUUAUUUCCUGACAUUAAGUGGAUCUUUAUGUUAUGAUUAUGGUUCCUGACCAGCUAAGUGCAGCACAUGGAAAUGUAGUGUUUUAAAUAUACCAUCUAUUUGGACAUGAGCGUCUUGUUUCAACAUCAUUAUCAGUAAUAUUGAGACUUUAAGAUUGUAAUCUUUAAAAUUUUUGAAUGAUUAUAUUGAUUUAUCAUAGUUAUGAGACAUACAUGUAUCUAAUGAAUAAGUGAAUAUACAUCUUUUAUAAUAUU